AUGAGCGGCUCCGAUUCGAUCCCGGCGACGCCGGACGACAUGGAACGACCGCUGGAUCUGGGAGCACCUGCUUCACCUGGUGCUGAUGAUGCCGAGUCCGAGUCCAGUUCUUCCAAGGAGUCGGCGCCGCCUGUAGACCCAAACUCCGCCGACAAACCCAAGCGAAUGCCCUCACUGCGAUCCGUUUCCGACCCGCCCAACAUGAACCCGAGUUCGACGGCCAUGGGACUCCUAGGCAGAGCGAGAAACCCAUCAAACACGCCUCCGACUCUUGCUGCUGGUGCGGGCGGCGCCAUGAACAACGAUGUCAUGGCCAGAGCCCAGGCUCUUCAUCGAGCACGCAUGGGUAUGUCACCAAUGGGGAGUUCGCCCAACUCGCCAUCACCUUCUUUCUCAGCUCCUGGAAGAAAUGGGUUUCCAUUGGCAAUGCCACCCACUGGCUUGCAUCGACCCAGUCCCGUACCGCACCCAAACUCCGAUCCCGUAAUACCGAAACCGUCUCUGAGCCAGAGAAAGUUUGGCAUGAAGCUGUCGGAUAUGGGGGGUGGUUCAUCAGCUCCCUCACCUGGCCUCAGGCGCGCCGGUGCCCCCAAGUUAACUGACAUGGGAGGAGGAGGUGCGCCAGGCAGUGAGCAACAGCCCAAUGGAUCUGGCCUCGGCUCCAAAUUGGACGACUUUAAGAAAUACAUUGACGCUGACAAGGGCUGGAUUACCUUUGACGGCGCUGCAACAAUCACGAAAACUGGCGUCAACUUUGCCAGCGGACAAACAUUUACCAUUUCUCUCGACGAGGUGCAAAUAUUGGACGAGCUAGGAAAGGGCAAUUACGGCACCGUGUACAAGGUGAAGCAUGCCAAACCAUCGGCUCCCAGGUUUGGGCAUGGCUUGUCUGGCGUGCGAUUGCAUCAUUCACUGUCAGAUACGGCCGUGGACACGCAAGUUUCAAAAGAGGCACCCAGCGAGGCACCACCAGAAAGUGCUGAUGGUAGUGACGGCACCACGAGCACGGGCAAGUUGAUGGCAAUGAAGGAGAUUCGACUCGAGCUGGACGAUGCCAAGUUUUCCACCAUUUUGAAGGAGCUAGUUAUUCUGCACGAGUGUGUGUCUCCGUACAUUAUCGACUUUUACGGCGCCUUUUUCCAAGAAGGCGCAGUAUACAUGUGCAUUGAGUACAUGGAUGGAGGGUCCAUUGACAAACUGUACGCUGGCGGCAUCCCCGAAGACGUCUUACGAAAAAUCACCUACUCGACCGUCAUGGGUCUCAAGUCCCUCAAGGAUGAGCAUAACAUCAUCCACCGCGAUGUCAAGCCCACCAAUAUCCUGGUCAAUACCCGGGGCCAAGUCAAGAUCUGCGACUUUGGUGUCAGCGGCAAUCUCGUCGCCAGUAUAGCCAAGACGAACAUUGGGUGCCAGAGCUACAUGGCCCCUGAGCGAAUCUCUGGUGGAGGAAUGGCGCCAACCGGCAACUCCGACGGAACAUAUAGCGUGCAAAGCGACAUUUGGAGCUUGGGCCUGACCAUUAUCGAGUGCGCAAUGGGUCGAUACCCUUAUCCUCCCGAAGUGUCGUCCACUAUAUUCAGUCAACUAAACGCCAUUGUAGAAGGAGACCCUCCCGACCUCCCCAAAGAAGGAUACUCCGAAACAGCCCAAAGCUUCGUGACAAGCUGUCUGCACAAAAUCCCCAAAAUGAGAGCCACAUAUGCCAUGCUCCUCAACCACCCGUGGUUAAAAUCCUUCUCCAAACCAAAAACCAUCACAGAAGAGGCCGAGGAAGGCGAAGAAGCUGAAAAGGUAGCCGAAGCUGUCGGCCACCUAGAACUCGGGGAGGGCAACACCGAAGAUCCCCAAGUCGCGGCAUGGGUACAAGCCGUCCUCAAGGGCGGCAAGGACAAAGCCACCGACGACUCCUCACGGCCUGCUUUACACGCAGCGCCGUUGGAUUCCGUCAGUCCUAUUGGCAGUCCAUUGUUGAACAGGGAAUUCUGA